AUGUCAAGUUCAUAAGACUAGACCAAGAUUAAGGUAGCCAUUCGUGUGAGGCCACUUCAAGAACAUGAAAUAAAUGCAGGCCAUGAAGCCAGAGAAGAGAAGAGCAGAGGAUAUAAGUUUGAUUAAGUCUUCAGUAUGAAUACUAAGCAGUCUGAUGUUUAUAAAGGACUCAAUAUUCAACAAAUGGUCAAUAAGGUGGUUGAGACUGGAUCAGGAAAAACAUAUACUAUGGAGGGUUACGAUUAUAAAAAUGCACAGCAAGAUGUUGAAGGCAAUAGGACAACAAAAGCACCUGUUAUCAGCCAAGAUAUUGAGAAAAUGGGCCUUACUUAGAGGGCUGUUAAUGAUUUAUUCAAGGAGGUUAAAAGAGUGAAGGAAGAUGAGGGUAAACACAUCAACAUCUUUUGUUCUUUCCUGCAGAUAUAUAAUGAGCGAGUCUACGAUUUGCUGAAUGAGACCAGUUUGCAAAGUAGCAGCAAAAAGAAUUCUAAUAACAUUAAUUAGCAAGGUCUCAGAAUCAGAUGGACUAAGAAAGAACAAUUCGUUGUAGAAAAUUUAUUCGUCUAUGAAUGCUAAAGUACUACAGACGUACUUUAAUUAUUCCAUGCUGGAAUUAGAAACAAGAUUGUAGCAUCUCAUAAUCUCAAUCACGCAUCUUCAAGAUCUCAUGCUAUUUUUACUAUAACAGUCGAAACUGUAGAUCCUUCGAAUUUAGAUAAUGUUGUAACGAGUAAAUUGUAAUUAGUUGAUUUAGCUGGUUCUGAAAAAAUUUCAGCUACAGGUACCACAGGAUAGACCUAAAAGGAAUCUAUUACUAUCAAUUAGUCAUUAUUCACAUUGAGAAAAGUUAUUAAUAGAUUGAGUGAAUUAAGUUCUUAAGGUAGAGAAUGUGAUGAAACUCACCACGUUCCUUAUAGAGAUUCAAAACUUACUAGUUUGCUUAAGUAAUCUUUAGGAGGAAACUCUUAUUGCCUUAUGAUAGCUUGUAUUUCUCCCUCUGACAGAUACUUUGAGGAAAGUGUAUCAACUCUAAACUACGCCUAAAGAGCAGCUAACAUAUCCAAUUAACCUGUUAAAAAUAUCGAUCCUAAAAUUAGAAUUAUCAAUGAGCUCAAGCAUAAAGUAAGAAUGCUUCAAAUCGAGCUAAAAAAUGCGAACGAGCACAUAGCAUACUUGACGAAUUUAACUGGAGAGUAGCCUCGAGCAUUUGGUUUGCAGUUGAUGAAAGUUGAGGAGGAUUUCGUGGAUUUAGGAGAUGGCAAUAAAAUUAGGCCAUUUGAUCCUCGAAAGGCAGCAGAGAAUCUGACUUAAUACAACGGCUUUGGAGCUUCUAUUGCUGGAAAUAGAGAUAUAUAAACUGGAAAAUCAGAGAGAUAACAGCCUGAUCUCCAAAUAAAAAACAAAGUGCUUCCUCAAAAAAAUAAGCAAUAGUCUUUAAAGAUGAAUGACAGCAAGGAUCCGAAUGAGGAAAUGGAAUUUGUACAAAAUUUCUUAGGAGGAACUCCAAAUCAAGCCUCCAAUUAUUCCAAGAUUCAUCCUUUAUCCAAAACAACCGAUGUAUCUCCAAGUGGAAUAUCUUAGAAAAAUUAAAGUAUUUAAUUAGAAUCCUUAAUUGUUCCUGGGAAGGCAGGAGGAACCAAUGAAAGAUCUAAUUCUCAUUCGAAAUCUCCAGUCCUUAAUUAUAAAGAAUAAGUUGAAAAUGAAAAUGAGAGGUUAGUCCAGAGUGUCUCUAAAGUUACUGAGUUGCUGCAAGCUAAUUAAUACUUGAGAGAUGAAAUUGAUAAAUUAGUAAAAGGAACUGAGACUAAGGAUAAUGAAAUUUAUACUAUCACUUAGGAAAAUCUUAACCUGAGAGAAAAAAUUGAGAUUAUGGAAAACAUUAUCAGAUCGAACAGACAAGAGUUUGAAAAUCUGGUGAGUGCAAAGGUUAUCAAUACAAUGGAAAAAAGUACUUAUGACUAUCAUGGUGGGUAAAAAGGGAAAACUAGCACUAUCGACUAGGUGUAUCAAGAACUCAUUGAUUUAAGAGAGCAUAACAGAAUUCUUGAAAAAAGAGUAAAAACUUUGGAGAAGCAAAACAUAGAUAUGACUAAGAAUCUGCAUUAUGUAGGAAAUAAUGAGCCAGCACGUCCUGUGUUCUAAUAGCAAAGAAAGGUAAAAAAGAUUGCUCACUAAGAUGAUUCUGAGUAAGAUGAAUAUGAUCAUCAGAUUUAUAUGCUUCACUAGCGAGGUGAAUCCAGUGGUAAACAUAUCCAGAAAGUAUAAUCUACACCUAUGAUUAAAAUGCAGCAGCAUCACUUCCAGCAUCAUCAAUCUGAUUUGAGUGAUCAUGAGACUUAGUUCCGAAUCACUUAAAUGAGUAAAAACAGCUCUACAGGGUAAUCUUCAACAAAUUCAUAAUGGUUUACUUUGAAAAAACAGAGUAAUAAACAUCCAAAUGAAAAUAUGAGAUCGACCAAUUAGUUAAUGAGUGCAAUGGGCCAUGAUUAAUAAAGUUUUUAAAAUAUGGGAGCAGUAGUUCCUCCUCUUCCAAGAGAUCCGAAACGUUCUUAUAAUGAUAUCAGCCCUUAACCGACUCUAGCUCAACUCAUGAGAAAGAAAAAGUAAUGA